AUGAUGGUCAUGAUAUUCUUUGGAGCGAGAGGAGCCCUCCUCAACUUGAGGUGCACUUUCCAGAGAGCGGGCUACUUUGCAAGAAUUAGACUGAUCCAGAACACCAGGACCUGUUUUGUGAGAAGAGGACAGAUUUUAACUCACAUACCUAAGGUUACACUGCUAUGUUGGGGUGCAGUCAAUGCUUCUGUAAGUGCAGUCAGAUGCCAGGAAGCUGUUCUUCAAUCCCAGGCUUCUGACAAAAAGUCUUUAGCCAAAAUCCAAGUGCACAGAGUCAUAUUUUUUCUUCGCCUCAGCUUUCGUGCAUUGGUUCUGCUCCUCAAAUUUGUCCCCCUUCUUCUCCUUUACCCCUUGGCUCUGCUGUCUACCCGCUGGACGCCUCAUUGGCUGGAUGCUUUGCUGUGGGUGACUGAGACCUCUGGUCCUACUUUCAUCAAGUUGGGGCAGUGGGCCAGCACUAGGCGAGACAUCUUCUCUCAACAGUUUUGCGACCGUUUCUCCAGGCUCCACGUCAAGGUGCGCCCUCACUCCUGGGCUCAUACCAAGCAGUGUCUACGGAGGGCUUUUGGGGAGGGUUGGAGAAGGGUUUUGGUGUUUCGGAGUAAAGAGCCAGUGGGAUCAGGAUGCAUUGCCCAGGUAUAUCGAGGCUGGGCCAGGGUGGACAAGGUGGAGGACCCAGCUUUCCAGUCAAUAGUAGAGGAGAUGGAAAAAGAAGAUUUGCUGGAAGCCUGGGAGAUUCCUGGGUUAGGAGGCAUGGCAAGCACUCUAAGGCAGCUCUGGAGGGGGAGCGGGGAGGAAGAGGGCAGUGAGGAGAGAAGCCAUCUAGAUGGUCAGCACGAGGAGCACCUGAUGCCCGUGGCAAUCAAGGUGGUCCAUCCAGGAGUCAGGAGACAAGUGGAGAUAGACCUGUUACUCAUGAAAGCAGGCAGCUGGCUUCUGCACUGCCUGCCAGGACUCAAAUGGCUCAGUAUGUGUGAGAUAGUAGAGGAGUUUGAGAAGCUCAUGACCAAACAGAUUGAUCUCCGUUUUGAAGCCAGGAACAUAGAGCGUUUCCAGAAUAAUUUCCGAGAUUUUGAUUAUGUGAAGUUCCCAACUCCGUUACGACCGUUUGUCACCAGAAGCAUCUUAGUGGAAACCUUUGAAGAGAGCGAACCCAUUUCAAACUACUUGAGCUCCGAGAUACCCAAGGAAGUGAAGCAGAGAAUAGCCAAGAUGGGAGUAGACACCCUGCUGAAAAUGGUUUUUGUGGAUAACUUUGUCCACGGGGAUCUUCAUCCAGGCAAUAUACUUGUCCAGUGUCAGGGGCCUUGCACUGGAUCGAGUGACGGUACUAGCACCUCACGGGAGCACCAUGGGAAAACCACUCUCACUGACUUGUGGGACACAGUGGUGGUCAGUGUCAGACCGGCCCCGUGUCCUUUCCAGCUGGUGUUGCUGGAUGCUGGCAUUGUAGCCCAACUCAGCGACAACGACCUUGCCAACUUCAAAGCUGUCUUCACAGCUGUGGUGCUGCAUCAGGGCGAGCGUGUGGCAGAGUUGAUUUUGAAUCAUGCUCGAGCUAACGAGUGCCGAGAUGUUGCAAUGUUUAAAAAGGAGAUGGCUGAGCUGGUGGAUCACGCCCUCAGUAGCAACACCCUCUCUCUCGCAAAGAUACAAGUGGCCGACUUGCUCUCCAGAGUCUUCGGUCUACUCAUCAAACACAAGGUCAAGCUGGAGAGUAAUUUUUCCUCGAUUGUUUUCGCUAUCAUGGUGCUAGAGGGCCUGGGAAGGUCUCUCGAUCCCAACUUGGAUAUCCUGGAUUUGGCCAAACCCUUGCUACUGAAGAACUGUGCCUCGCUGCUAUGAUACACGGAAACCCCACCACCACACCCAGAGGCAGCUGUAUUGUAAGUGUACACACAAGUGUAGUAUGCCUUUAGCGCAUCUAUAGAUACAGAUCCUGUGUACAUCCUAACAAUGCUAUGAUGUUGUUUGUCUUCAGGCUUACAAUGUAAGAUGUUCCUCUGUGGAACACAAGUGUCCUCACAUUUCCACAGUGUUGAUGCCACAAUAUACCUCAUUGCAUUUUAAUAUUUUAAUUUUAUCACUCUAUGGAAAUUGUCAUCUGUGGUCUGGCUAAAGUACCCAACAUUUACCCCUUUGAAAUCAACUUUGAGGCACCCUCAGCUGCACCUAUUGAGUGAGUGUAUAAAUUGAACACCCCUUGUAGUUUGAGGGCUGCUGGAUGAUUCGGACACACACACACACACACACAGGUGGCAUCAGAGGUCAUUUGCUGAGAUUUAGGAUACAAAAUACUGCUAGAACCCCAAGUUGAUACUUAAAAGCACAUUUUACUGUUUAAUGACUAAUAUUGAUCUCAGGAUGUCUUUUUUCACUCCAUCUUUUUAUUGCAUCUUAAUGUUGUCUAAUGGACCAUAUCUCCUUUAGUGUGAAUCACAAUGUACUGUAACAUGUUCUUGUACAGUAGAUUGACAAUGUGUUGGAUAACUGUAACAACCGCACACAAAACUGACCUUUGUAUUGUAACCUCUCUUAAAAAUGAUAAGAUUUUAUGAGUUAUUCACGUCAAUAAAAAGGU